CGACAGCCGGAUCCUCUUUCGUACCCACACUUCCAACAUGACCAAAAAGAGAAGGAACAACGGACGGGCCAAAAAGGGCCGGGGCCACGUGCCACCCAUCCGCUGCACCAACUGCGCCCGGUGCGUGCCCAAGGAUAAGGCGAUCAAGAAGUUUGUCAUUCACAACAUCGUGGAGGCAGCGGCGGUGCGGGACAUUUCCGAAGCCAGCGUUUUCGACGCUUAUGUGCUUCCCAAGUUGUAUGUGAAGUUACACUACUGUGUGAGUUGUGCCAUUCACAGCAAGGUGGUAAGGAACCGUUCCCGCGAGGCCCGCAAGGACCGGACACCCGCACCGAGGUUCAGACCUGCGGGUGCUGCCCCAAGACCUCCACCAAAACCCAUGUAAGGCGACUACAGACCUUAAGGAUCGAAGACAAACUCUUUUCGAAGAAAAUAAAGUGGAAUUAUACCUCGA